AUGAACUCAUGGAAUCUUGAUCCGGUUUUUCUGAAGUUGUUCCCUUGGACUACUGACUUCAAUCCUAAUAACAUCAAACAAUCUUCUACUCAAUUUUGGGAACUCAGGUACAAAAUCCUCGUUGCAAGAAAAGGAUUUGCAUUCUUUGUAGUUUUGGAAUUCAAAAACCUUCCAUCGCUUUGCAACCAUUGUAAAACAAUAGGUCAUUUUGUAGAGGUUUUCAAAAAAGUUGUAAAGUACGACCUUAUUCAUGACCUUGAGGGAUGGAACAAGGCUGAUAAGAAAGUCUACAAACCAAAACAAACUUUUAUCCAGUUUGCUGAUAAGAAUUUAAUGAAAGGAAAAGAUCAAAUCAUUUCCUCUGAAGCUUGCUUAAACUCAAGUUACCGGUUGGAGAAACUAGUAGAGUUAGGAAGGAUGAAAGCUUGGUUUUCUUGGAAGAGAAACAAGAUACUCUAG